CCCCCGCUCCGCGCCCGCCGUCGGUGCCGGUGAAGGCGGCGGUGGCGGUGCCACCGGCUCCCGCCGCCACCUUCCCCCCCCCUCUCCCCCGCCCCUCACCGCGGCCCCGACCCCCGCAGCGGGCGGCCCCCGCGUCCCCAUGGCCGGGCAGGAGUGGGACUGGUUCCAACGCGAGGAGCUCAUCGGGCACAUCAGCGACAUCCGAGUGCAGAACCUCCAAGUGGAACGGGAAAAUGUACAGAAGAGGACCUUUACCAGAUGGAUAAACCUACAUUUGGGAAAGUGCAAGCCUCCUCUGAAAGUGAAAGACUUGUUUAUUGAUAUACAAGAUGGCAAAAUCUUGAUGGCGCUACUGGAAGUCCUGUCAGGACAAAAGCUGAUGCACGAGUACAAAUCUUCAACCCAUCGCAUUUUCCGUUUGAACAACAUAGCCAAAGCACUUAAGUUCUUGGAGGACAGUAACGUAAAGCUUGUUAGCAUCGAUGCAGCAGAAAUAGCAGAUGGAAAUUCCUCUCUGGUACUUGGACUAAUAUGGAAUAUAAUCUUGUUUUUUCAGAUUAAGGAGCUGACGGGCAACCUCAACCGGAACUCCUCCUCCUCCAGCCUCUCCUCUGGGCCCAGCGGUCCCGAGUCAGACACGUCCCACCCCAGCACUCCCAGCGUGGAGAGAAACAUGUCCAUUACUGUGAAGGACCAGCGGAAAGCCAUCAGAGCCCUUUUAAUCUGGGUUCAGCGGAAAACCAGAAAGUACGGUGUCGCAGUUCAGGACUUUGCCAGCAGCUGGAGGAGUGGCCUUGCUUUCUUAGCUAUCAUAAAAGCAAUAGAGUCUACCUUGGUAGACAUGAAGCAAGCACUGGAGAAAUCGGCUCGAGAAAACCUGGAGGAUGCUUUCAGCAUAGCACAAAAUAAGCUGGGUGUUCCUCGGCUCCUAGAACCAGAAGAUAUCAUGGUGGAGUCACCCGACGAGCAGUCAAUUGUGACAUACGUGGCGCAAUUUCUGGAACACUUCCCGGAGCUGGAAGGGGAAGACUUUACAGAUCCUGACAAGGAGCUUCCAAUUGAGUCCACAUAUGUCCACAUCAAAGACACACCUUCAGAAGAAGAGAGCAAAAUUUUGAUUUUAAGUGAAAGUGAAGAAAACAUGUAUACUGUUAAUCAUGAAAGGAGUCAUCCUGCUCCUCCAAAGGUUCAUAUUCAUGACACACCUGAGAGCAUUCCAUCAGAAACCGUUCCUGAAAAAUGUAAUGGGAAAUUGAGUCACGUGUUAGGUGAUGCACAGGAAAUGUCUGAAGAGGAGCCUCAGAGGCCUACCUCACUGAAAAUUACAGGAUCUGUCAGUUUUGAUUCCAAUUCCUCUUGGGAGGUUCUAAGUGAUAAAUUCAUGCCAGGUGAUGGAGGCACAUCUUAUGAUCCACUGAAACACAACGAUGAGCUUUCUCCAGCUGUUCUGACAGAUCAGAAAAAUUCUGUUGACUCUUUUGAAGACUACUCUGAAGAACUAACUAAAGAGACCUCUACGGAAUAUGAUAACGAAACUAAGAGCCUUUCAGCCAACACUUCUUCUUUGAGUCCAUUAUCCUGGACUUCAGGUAUACUUACAGAUGAAUCCAUAAAUAAAGUAGAAGAGACCAAACCCCAAACUUCAAUUCUUUUACCAGAAGAUACCUCAAAACAAGAAGAUACGCAUCAGUACGUUCUUCAUCUUCUAAAUGAGGAAAUACUGAAACUUCCACAGAAUGAACAUACAAAGCAAUCACCUCUCUUUGAGACAACAGAAACUAACCAUUGUUCACUGAAUGGUUCUAAUCUCAAAAGCCAAGAACUAUCUACACAGCAUGAAACGUCUGAUGACUCUCUCUCAGAUGUACCUAAAACCUCAGAAGAUCUGGACAGCUCUGAUGAAGUUGAGUCUUCAGAAGAAGUGCUACCCAGUUCUUCGAAAGUGUCUGUAAUACCCCAUGAUCUCUUUUAUUAUCCACAUUAUAAUGUUCCCAUAUCAGCAGUUUUGGACGCUUACCUUGAACCUUGUAUUGAAGGUUAUGAUACUGGAAAUGACAAAGCUUCUUCUGAAACAGUAACGGAUGUUUUACAUGAGAAGGGCCUACCAGAACAGAACUAUGAGGAAGAUGCUCCAGAGCCAGACUUAGGCAAUAAGCUAGGUGGUGUCCCUCCAUCAGAAAUGGAUACUGAGAAUGGUGAGGAGGAAACAGCGGACAUUAACAGUCACAUAAAUUCUUCCGAUGAAAAAGAAGUGCCAUUACUAGUAGGAGAAGAGUUAGAAAUUGAAAAAGAUGGCAAAAAGGCUAUCAACCACCAAGAUUCCACUAUUCCACAACAUCCUGAGCAGGCCAUAGUAGAACAUCUAGAGGAUUUAUCAAUAGCCAUAAAGAGACCCGAAAAAAGUAGCAAUAGGGAGGAAGAAGUGAAAAAUAUGAUCGAAGCAGAUGACUUGCAGAUCUCAGAAGUUGCCACUACUGCUCUGUCACAAGAUAAACUGGAAGAAAUUGCCGAUUGUCAGGAAUUUACCAGAACCAGCGACAGUGAUUCCAACAUCCAUCUCCGAAAAAGAUCUCCUAAUACUUCUGAGGAAACCUGUGGUGAAAACAAGAAGAUGACCGAUAUGGGUGAAAAUCCAUUAAUCAUUGGGAAGAAAAAGGACUUGGAAGCAAGUGAGACUCCAGCACCAAGUCAUGAGAUUACAAUUGCUGAGCAGCCAGAGCUAUUCUACUUCAUCAUUUUCUUCUGGGUGCUGGUCUACUGCCUUUUACUCCUUCCUCAGCUUCUUAGCAACAAAGUUUGAUCUCUGUGAGGGGUGGGAAAAUAAAGGACGAUGGCUGGAUUGCUUUGCGUAUCUGCAUAUGAAUCUGUUCCUUCAGGUGAAGCACAAACAGAAACGUAGGAGCUGGUAUUUGUGUUUAUUAUCAGGUUGUCCUCGGUUCCUCUACUGUUGUGCUAUGACAGUGUCUAAGCACAUUUUAUAUUAUGAUAAUUGUGUAAAUAUAUAUAAAAAUGACCUGACUUAGUAGAUGCGAUUUUGUACAUUUGUGCCUUGCUUUAUAAGAUGCUAAAUAAAACCAGAUAAUUAUCAGUAGAAAAAUGAACAAUUCAGAGCUCUAGUCUUCAAAAAUUAUUCUUCUGGCUUCAAUUACUUACGUAGGGCCUGACAGCUGUGGAAGAGGGGUGGUGUUGACUUGCCUACAAAUCUGGCCCACCUGCAAGGGCAAGGCUAGAAAGGCUUUUUCCAUGGAAUUCUUUGAGAGAGUUGGAGGCAGAGCAGAGCUGCAGGUGGUGGAACAUGCUGACCCCAGGAACUGGUUACAAUUCUAAUGGCAGUCCAGUAGACCAACAAAAUCAGGCUGAUAGUUUAUUUGGGUAGGGGAGUUUGGGUUUUUUUUUAGGAUUUAAAUUAAUUUUUAUCCUGCACCUUUUUUAAUGUUUAAUUUGCAGGAAUAAAUUGAGUGUGGAGAAGUGUGAAGAACAUGUAGGCUAGCAGCUUCUCAGGAGGGAUCAUAUGGGAAAUCUUAGUCCAGAAACUUCUGUAGAGAAUACCCGAAUAAAUACACUUUGUACAUUACUGAUGGUGGCCAUCUUUGCAAAGGUGUUCAAGAAGCUUAAUAAUUUUAUCAGGAACAGAUAACACGGUUUUGUGGUUAAUUUUUUUUUUUAAAGUACCUCAUCUGCUCCCUUUUCUCUGCUGCUUUCAUUUACCAGAUCGUGUGAAGAUUUCUUUUUUGAAGGUACAAAAAAAAUAAUAGGCAACCUAAUUUGCUGAGGCUACUGUUAAGGCCCAAGUGCAUAGUAAAAGGAUUAGAAAUAUCCUUUAAGUGCCCAAAUGAAUAGAGAAAGAAAUGACAGAUAUAAAACUAAAUACAGAGAAAUGUUGGCAGCCUGUAUUGACUUUCUAGUGCAAGUGAAGAGACUUCUGUGGCUUGUCUGUAGACACAGUUGAGCUGCUUCUGCGUCUUGUGAUUUUUGUCCACAUCAGCAGACACAUGAUAUUUGAUUUAGGAUUUUUGCCAGAGGUGUACCCAUGCACUACAGGACAAAAGAGAAGUCUUCAAAUUCAGUUUAAUAGCAGUAACUUUUUUCUGUGUGAUUUUUAGUGAAGUCACUAUUUUUCAUUGGCACGUUUUUAGUUUCGUAGUAUGCUUUAUGAGACUUCAUCAUGUUGCUGCUUCCACUUGGAAAUUCCAAAGGCUGACUGCAAUGUGCUUCAUAAAAUGAGGGCUUUAAUGAUUUGCAUUGAGUGAAAGUUACAACAUGUGACUAUAUGUCUUAUAUAUUUUGUUUUAGCAUAAGGUGUAUGUCUGAUCUGGCAUAGUUUUCAGCUGAUGUAAUAGUACCUGAGGUCAGGACACAUCAGAAUAUAUACCAGUUUAUUUGCAGGUAUUUAAAACCUAUUUGUAGUCGUGUCAUCUGCUGGGGUAACCCUAACUGUCCAUCACUUCAUUCUUCUUUAUAAUGUAGCUUUAUGUUUCCCUGGGAUUUUUCUUAGGAGCUGCAGUUAGAAUUCAGUAGCAGCAGUGCAUGGCAGGAGAUCUUAAACAUUGAAGGUAAAAAUCUGAACCUCUUGCAGUCAACAGAAAGCUGAAAUCUUUUCUAUUGUGUCCUGUCACCGUUGACUAGAGCUGGAUUCACCCUAUGAACUUUAAAAUAAGAUGCUUGGUGAGGAACAGAUCCAAACUUCCCAACUUAAUUCAGUGUAAAUCAAAAUAAGUAAACAAAAUAGUUUUUUAUCUUGCUGAUGAAAAUGUUCAGCAUUUUGAAUCACCUGGUUUUGUGAUGCAUGAACCUGUUUGUGCUUGUUGAUGAAGACAGUGAUCCUUUCUUCCAAAAGAAAAUCUAUGUUAGAAUUUUUGAAGAUGCUUUCUUGAAGUAGGCUAAAAUAUAACAUUGAAGGGCUUUCUGCUUUUUCCCUAAAAAAAUAAAACUUAAUACAAGAAACUUUAUAUCCUCAUCCUGAAAACCAGUGAAUACCAUGGCAGCUAUUUAAUAGCAGCAAAUAGCAAUGUACAGUAGUUUGGAGCAAAAGUGCUGACAGCUCUUCAUUAUGUGCCACUCUUCGUAGGCUUUGUUUUAUGACAACUUUUUCUGAGCCUUUGUAUCUUAUUCUCUGGUUCUUCCACGUUUCUUAGUCUUCAGCAGAGAUUAUCUGGAGUUGGAUUACAGUCUCUUCAUAGAACUUUACAGCUAUCGAAGUUCUAUCAAAUAAAAUAAGCUCCGUUCUUGUCUUCUUUCCUUCCUCCCAAGAAAAUAAAUCAGAAUGAGGAGGUCUUUGGAUGUCUCAUCUGAACAACUGACAUCCCUAAAGAAUGGAAAAGUGAAUGGAAAUGCACUGAUGCUGGCAACUUUAUUACAUGGUAUUUUCUUCCAAGAGGGAGAAAACCCAGGGUUUUCUUUCUUGCCUCCCACUGACAAACGGUGACUGAAACAGUGAAAUGAGCAGUUGAAAUGUCAAACAGCAUCCAGCAGUUGUCUUGAUCAUCUCACCCAAUGCUUAAACUGAUAUACGCUUUCCAGCCUAUCCAACUAAGAGAUGGAGAUCGUUUCGUCCAUGCAAAAUAGGUAAAAAAUUACUAAAUUAGUCCAUGAUACUUGGCAUUAAGUUGCUUUCCAUAUUUGGGUUGGUUUGGCUAUCGUUUUUUUUUACAGUCUCAGUCUACCUUACUCAGCCAUGCCAUGGCUCAGAAGAUCCAGGGUAAAGAGUUAAGAGUAAUAAAACUGGUAUGGUCAACUGUGCCUGAAAACAGGGUGAACUUUUCAGAGUUUUGCCGUUACUUGGAACCGCAAAAAAUGACAUCUGCAUAAGCAGCAGCUCCCCCAACUUAAAUUGACUUGUAAGCCUGCAUCUCUUCCACAGCGCAAGAUCCAAUCCCUCAACACAAGUGCCCUGUUCUGAAAACACUGCUUGUUGUCAGACUUUGUGUCCUAUUCCCAGCUCACAGUCUGACAGGCUGUUUGUGAAGCACUCACUAUGGCAAAGCCCCUUUUAACCUGGUGGCUAGAGGACUGGCUUGACGCAGCAAAGGUUUUAAAGGCUGGUGGGCAAUCUGUCAUCUAUCUGUUUUCCAACAGAUAUGCGCACUGUCCGAAGAAGGAAUUUUUUCCUGAAUUUUUGCCUGAGUUUGUGAAAAAUACUAAGCUUGGACUGAUCGCAUUUGGUAUUUCGAUUUAAGCAGCGGAAUUCAGGUACACCGAUCUGUUAAGACCGUUUUUUAACACCCGUUUUUUGCUGAGCAAACGUGUGGGUAGCAGAGUAUUGUGAAGUGUAAGUGGCAGGAGGUGCUUGAGGAUCACUGGACAAAGGGUGUUUGGUGUUCAAAGAAGCACCAGUAAAGACUGAGAGACAACUGUAAUAGGAUGGUUCAAUGUUAUUGUAGUCAUGUAACUGAACUGCAAAGUGUCUCAUUGUGAUUUUAUAGAAAGUGCAAGGAAAGAUACGCCAUUAAAGACAGAACCCCGCUAAACAUUUACGGGGCAGAUGUCUUAGAGCUGAAGAAAAGAGUUAAAGAGUCACAUAAUCUACAAACUGAAUUGAAUAUAGCCUUUGCCAAAGUGUAGGAAAUGAUAAGUGCAAAGAUAGGGCAAGCACAGAUUACAGUAAAAAAAUGACAAUCACUUUUCAAUGCCAUGAAUAUUUUUGAUGGACUGAGCUCUAAAAUGUAUUUUUAUUGAGUUUCUAGAUUGUAAUGAAUGUGUCUACAGAAUUUUAUGCAAAGCUUGAGAGUUCAGCUGUUUUAAAAUGAUUUUUUUAUAUAGCAGUGAUUAUUUUAUCUAUAUAUUUAAUAGAACUGCAAAACCAUUUUGAGAGUACCUGUAAAAUUCUAUGUAUGUGAUAUGAUUAUUUAUUAAUUAUGACUCAUGAGAAUGAACGUUAAGCUAUGCAUCAGUUGUGUCAUCUAUUUGAAAACUGGAAACUGCAAACAGGAGAAGAGUUUUUAAUGAACAGCAGACUUGGAAAACAUGGGAAAUGAUUGAAUACAAUUGUGGGAUUCUUAAAGCUGCAUAGCAAUAUGUCAUUUUGUGAUGUUAAACUUUCAGCUAAAGUUGCAAAAUAUACAGAGUGAUUAAGCUACUUUCUUCCAUUAAAACUUCCUGAGGCUGAAAUUUCUACAUGUUGAUAUUUGGUGUCUAAACACACUUAAAUCCUUUACAUCUUCUGGAGACUGUCAGUUGACUCCAGCUCGGGAUGACUGUAACUUCUUUAUCCAAGUAGUGGUCCAUACAGUUUACAGGGGUACCAUGAUGCCCAGAGGUUUUUUUAGGGUUUUCUGCACCAACCCCCACAGAAUCAGAGCUUUAGAAGAUUGUUUUGGCCAUCUAACAAGAUAAUAGUUAUACUAGUGCAUUAUCACUUAUGUUAGCUUUAAGUACUUGGAGUCCCUUCUUGCCAAGCGCAAACUUGAAUGCACCCAGUGAUGUGUUCAGUUCCUCGACUUCUGUGGAAGUCAGUGCAAUGCAUUUGUGUGCUAAGCACACGCUAUAGGAUCUGGCCCCGAGGGGACUUAAAUCAACGUUAAUCACAUAGGCCAGGAAGUAGCCGAAGCUUAUGCAUUGCCCUUCGGCUGGAUCCCCUCAAAUCCAACGUACGCAAACAAUCCCACUGACUUCAGUUAACCCCUCUGUGCGCAUAGUAUUUGUUUGCCUAAAUUCUGCAGGAUCAAUCCCUUCUUCCUUCUGGGAAGUUGACAUCCAUGUCCGUUUUUGAUUAAGAGAAGAGCAGUGGGGGAACGAAUGGCUGGAAGAUCAGAGUGAGGUUACAGGCUGGAAUGUGGCCAUGGAAGUUCCCAAACGGCUACAGGUUGCCUGCUGUUUUCCAUUGAGCUAAUUGGUAGUGGAUCCAAAUGGGGGCAAAAAAUCCUUAAGUUUUUGUAUUUCCACAUUGUGCAGUAUUUUGUCAGGUAAAUAACACCAAAUUCUUCCCCUUGACAUACCACUGAUAACACUAAUUUACAGCUGCCCAACUUAACGAUUGUUCACGUUCCAGGUUUAUAUCUAAAGAGGACCUUGCAGUAUGGCUUGUUCCCACCUGUGCUGCCCCAAGAUGGUGAAGACAUUCAUGCAGGAGGAUGGGAGGUAUACACACACUAAAUGAUAUGGAAAAAGUCAUAAUCUGAAUGGGGUGACUUGCUUACUCUGUCCACUGCUUGACACAACUCUAGAGCUCACAAAGGGUGAAAAAUUAACAUUUUUAUUUUCAAGUCCCUUUCAGGGUUAUCUUAACUGAAAUUGUGGAACAUCAAAGUAUUUUUUUCCUCCUCUAAAUGUGAGACAUGGAAAACUUCCUUCCACCUCAGUGGCACUUUUGAUGACUCCCUUCCAGGCAGCUGCUACUGCUGGUAUUGGGAAACGAGACCUGUGUUCUUUUCUCACCAUGAGGGGAAUGUCUACGUUUAUGUCUCUGGAACAUAAAAUUGGCCCCUGGGUGAUUAACGUACUUCUUUCUUCAUGAAAAGGUUAGAAGGGACAAUAACAAUAAUUAAUUUUACCUUGGUGAAAAAUACUAAAACCUACCAUUCCAAAAAGGCUGGAUCCUGGCCUUCACUGCUGUGCUCAGGUCAGGUAAUAUUUUAUUCUGAAGGCAGUUUCAUGACUUUCACUGGGCCUUCCUGGAAUCUUUUUGAGUGACAGAAUAGAUUUGCUCUGUGUCCACAGACCGAUUUGUACAGGGGGGUCUCGAUCCACAGCCGUUAUUAGACUGUAACAUAAAAUCACCAGUGUUUAGUUAGAAAUGACUGGUCUGGUUUAAAUCACAUAACUUUCAAAUUAUAUGCUGCUUAUUUUUUGAGUGAAAUAAUGCAGUCAUUUUUUAAUGCCAAAUAACUUACACAAGUCAAAUAAGUUCUAUUUUUAUUGUAAUAAAAAAAUUUCAACUUCCGCUUUUGUCUUAAACAAAACAUAUUUUAGUCGGCACAGCACUUUGUGCUAUUGUAUUCUUCUGUGUAAAAAGCUGAAGAAACUGUUUCAGCCUUCUUGUUAAAAGUUCUCCAGUUUAAAAUGUAAUCUGUAAAGUGCUAGUUUGCUAAAAAGUUAAUGAGGGACUUGGAAACUGAAGAAAUAAUUUGUAAGUAAGGAAUGUAAUAUUUAAAACACAUGUUUCUCUUUGGCAAGUGGUGAGGAAUAUUGCUUAUUUAAAUGAGAACAAAUUCUGGGAGGAUUUGAAUGGUAUCAAAAGAUAUACUGAAGGGGAUGCAUUUUUGUGUAUUUUCAAAUAGAUUUCUUCUGAAUGCUUUCAAUCAGUGGUUUGUAUUGAAUGUUUGCACUUGCUCAAAACUUAUUUUUUGUGAGAAAGAAAUAUAUUCUUGUGUAUAGUUGGUACACUAGAAAAGAAAACGUUUUUAGAAACUGUUAUGCUGUAAUAAGAAUAGUAUUUACUAGCAAAUAGUUCCACUUUCUUUUAUAAAAUCUCUGCUUUUGAAAUAAAUGGACAGGCUUCCUCUAUAUAA